UACGUCUCGUGCUAUAUAAAAACGCGAUGUGUGCUGCGAUAGACAUGCUCGCGUCGGAGCAAAUGUUCUACGGCCACAGUCCACCGGCCGGUUUCUUGACGGACUAUACUCAUACACCUCAAGUUAGAAGACCGUCGAAGAUCUCGACGCGUGGUUUUUCAGCACCAUGUCUCUCAGUUCUCAAGCCAGUGCAACUCACCCUGAAAUCAGCCCCGCGAUCCUGCAUCAGGUUAUCUACAGAUAAGAAGAACAAACGCGUUGUCUUCGCUGAUGACAGAGGCUACGCUUUGGAGCAAGUGAAGGUCAUGACUGAACCCUCUCACGUGCCUCCGUAUUGGGCGUUAAAAAUAAUCCCUAGUCCGUCCCCAGAGCGAAAACCCCCACCGCAAAGUGUCGUGGAUUUAUGGGAGCCGAGGUUCCCGCAGCCGGCGUCCGACUAUUUAGAAUUCAGGCGGCGUAUCACAGAAAGUUGUGUGUCCUUGGAGAAUGUGAUCGUUAAGCAGGACGAGUGCGCGGUAGAUGGGACAGUGAAAGUGAAAAACCUGGAUUUCAACAAGGAGGUCUUCGUCCGUGUGACGUGUGACGGCUGGCGGACCCAGGAGGACACGUAUUGCGCGUUCGUCGAAUCCGGUCCAUUGAGUAAAAGCGGUGUGUCGACAUACGACACGUUUGGCUUCAGACUGCAACUACCAAUCCAUUCCCGAAGGCUAGACUUCUGUGUGUGCUUCCGGUGCAAAGGCAACGAGUACUGGGACAAUAGGAACGGCGAAAAUUACACAAUAGAGAAGUCAUCCGUUAGGAAAUCGCCGGCGAUCGCGUGUGCGCGAAUCAAUUAUGGAAAUUCGUGGACUGUUAGAGCGAACGAUAGUGGAAACACGCCGUACUGGUGAAAGGUGCUAUCGUUGGUGUUUCUGGUAUCGGUGUCUGUUAUUGGCGUUUGCCAGUUUGUGAUCUAGUGCCAUAUCUCCGACUUCACGGAACAGAGGUUUGUCGUCCUUUAUUUUUAAGCUCGAAGAUAGACUCAGUAACUUGUACUUUUAUAUCUGUAGUUUGUGAGACUGAUGAAGUCGGUGAGAAGUUUCUUUUUAUAAUAUGCUCAAUAGAAGAAGUAGGCUCAGUGGAUGAUGCAGCUUAGAAUUUACUUAGACUUAUGAAUUAAAGAAAAGUCUACAUUAUUUUUGUAAUGGACAUAGUUUAAUAGCAAUCAUAUCAAAACGAGAUAUAUUAUAUUCGAAUAGUGUUGAUCCUUUAAAUAACUGGCUUAAUAUAUUCAGAAAACAAAACGGUAAUUUAUAUAUUAAACAUUCCCAUAAUUUAUAACUAAGAUGUAUAAUUGGUCUCUGGACGAAAUUUAUCAAAUUGUUUAUAUUAUCUAUGGCAGGACUUUUCUAAGUUUUAUAUCAUUUUUAUGAAAAAUAUGUCAUUGGUUAAUGAUCAUGUCAUUAGUUAAUGAUCAUGUCAUUGGUUAAUGAUCAUGUCAUUGGUUAAUGAUCAUGUCAUUGGUUAAUGAUCAUGUCAUUGGUUUAUGAUCAUGCAUUUCUGUGUAUAUGUGAAGUUGGAAUUUAGUAAUUAAUUUUUAACUGACUUCCUGAUGAGUACGAUUUGAAAUGUUGAAUAUAAAUUAGCUGAGAAUCAUAACCGAUGGUUCAGAGUUCAAACUCGGGCAGGUUUCCACCACUGAUUUUCAUGCGCUUAAUAUGUUAUAAUUAAUUUCGUGCGCCGAUAAAACUUCAGGUAACCUUUAUAUGGCGGGUUAAAAUAUAUCGUGUAUCCACCAACCUGUUUUGGAGUAGCGUGGUGGAGUAAGCUUCAAACCUUUUUAAAAAAAGGGGACGAGGCUUUAGCCUAGCAGUCGGACAUUUACACAGUGUUCAAUGAAACUAUAUUAAAAAAAUGAAUUAAAAUUCACCCCAGAUAAAUGUAUGUAUGAUUUAUCACUCUAAAGUAUAUACGGCAUAAUAGGGCUAUUCUGUAAGAACAAACUCUGGUGUAAAACGGUCGUAAGACCAGAUAGUGAUACGCGACAUUGACCGUAAUAGUUAUAACAUUACAAGGAUACACGCGUCAAAAUACUACAUCACCAUAAGUCGGUUGUCAACAUUACACGGGCGAAUUAUGAUGUAAGUUCUUACACUGCUUGCUUGCUUGAUUUUGGAAUUGUUGUGUUAUCCUUACACUCAAUUAAUAGUUAAAAAUAAAUGAAGUAUCUUAUUAAAAAAUUGAACAUCACGUCACACUACAAAGUUACAUUACAGUUACAUUUAACGCGAGUGAAACCGAGCGGCGCAAAUUAUAUUUUUAUAUAUCAUUGACAAUUAAAUCGUAAGUUAAUAUUGACAACGCGAAAUAAUAAAGCGUGCCUGGUUAUCACUAAAAAUAAAUCGAGAACUAUUAAUAAGCGAUAAUAAUAUCAAAUUAAGUUAUAUAUAUAUUAUAUAUUUUAUAGAAUAAGAAGGCGGACGAGCAUAUGGGCCACUUGAUGGUAAGUGGUCACGAAACGCCCUUAGACAUUGGUAUUGUAAGAAAUGUCAACCAUCGCUUACAUAGCCAAUGCGCCACCUACCUCGGGAACUAAGAUUUUAUGUCCCUUGUUCCUGUAAUUACACUGGCUCACUCACCCUUCAACCCGGAACACAACCCGUAAGAUCAAAAUAAUACUUUACUUAUGAUUAACUUAAUAAGCUCUUUCGAAUGGUAGAUAUAAAGUAUUGUCUGUGGAGGUGUUAGGUAUAUAAAGCUUAUGACUUUUUGCAGUUUAAGCUUUAUACCGAAUUCAAACUAUUAUGCUUUAUUCGUGAAAGCGUAACAGACACACAAAGUUACUUUCGCAUUUAUAAUAUUAGCGUAGAUAACGCUUGGAUAUGAAUUAAGUUGCCGGCUAUAUAUAUGACUUGUAAAAUAACAUUUUUAAGUUCUUUUUGCAUCAACGUCGAUCACAAACAGCGAAAGAAUGGUCAAAAAUUGUUUACAAAGACACGAUAUAAAAAAUGUCGCAUGGUCAAAGUGUUACCGCUAUCUAAGCCUCUCAAUUACAUAAUGGUAGCUUUUGGUCAAGUCCGUCUGGUAUUAACUUAUGUGUUCUAUAAACUAGUGUCUAUUAAUAUAAGAUGAAUAUAUUGCGCAAACAUGAGUUUUUAUAUAAUAAUAUAAGACCGUUCUCAGUGGGUUUUAAUAUUUUCACACUGUUCAAUUCGUUUAUUUCCUACUUCAGACAUUCCUCGUGUUAUAUAAAUAAAAAUAUAUAAAGAUAUAAUUUUGCAAAUCAGAGAUGGCCCAGUGGUAAGAACGCGUGAAUCUUAACCGAUGAACGUGGGUUCAAACCCGGGCAAGCAGCUCUGAAUUUUCAUGUGCUUAAUUUCUGUUUAUAAUUCAUCUCGUGUUUUUCGGUGAAGGAAAACAUCGUGAGGAAACCUGCAUGUGUCUAAUUUCAUCGAAAUUCUGCCACAUGUGUAUUCCACCAACCCGCAUUGGAGCAGCGUGGUGGAAUAAGCUCCAAACCUUCUCCUCAAAAGGGAGAGGAGGCCUUAGCCCAGCAGUGGGACAUUUACAGGCUGUUACUGCUGCUACUUGCAAAUCAUAUCAGAGUCCACCACUUUCGUGUCUUAAUAUCUCGACAUCAAAUUUCUUAAAGGUUUGACGAAUCUGAAUGAAUUACAGAUAGCAGUGCCAUUACGUGACAAACUGGCUCAUUACUCACCUAUAUAAUGUCGACAACCGACUUGAUAUACUAUUUUGACGUGUGUCCUUCAAAUGUUAUAAUUACUUAUCGCAUAUAAAUUUCUGUCAAAUUUAAGACCGUUUUUCUGCGGUUUCGAUUUUGUUCCUACAGAAUACCCUUGCAGAUAAUAUAUAUUACAUACCUAUAUAAAGUUCUAAUUUCAAGCGAAACGUCAAGAGAUUCUUAUAAUAUAAAGUCAUAGUUGUCUAUUAAAUGCUAGUUGUAUUGUAGAAGUCCUUUUGAAUUCAUAUAUGAAAAGCCAGUUAUUGUAGAAUAAUAAAAAUAAUUUACAUUUGAAAUAGUUUACGGAUUAUUGUUUACUGUGAAGGUUGUGAUAUUCAAAAUAAACCUGAUAUUUAUAACUUGUAUAUAAUGUUAUAUUAUUUCGGGUAUUUAAUAAUAUUUAUGAGAUUUGGAUGAAGAACAUGCAACCACAGUCAGUAAAAUCUUAUCGUAGAUUAAAAAAAAUAAGGAUCAAAACUACUUUCUACAAACUGUAAAAGAAAAACUUUUAAUAUUAAAAUAAAUUUAUAAAAGUUAUUUCUUAUGUAAUUAUUAUUAAUAGAUAAAAUAAAACCUCGAAAUCGUCAAUUGAAAUAAAUAUAAUACAUAAUAAUUGUAUACUUAAAAAUGUAUAGCGUAUAAAACAUAUAUAUAAAAUUAAGCUCAAACGUCGAAAGCUGUAAUUUAUCUUUAUUUAGCGAAAUAUAUUUUGAAUUAAUUUAUGUAUAAAACAUUUAUUCAUUAUCAAUUUCUUAAAUAUUUUUUUAAUUAUACUGGUAAUAAAUAAUAAUUUUAAAAAAGCAAAUGUAUGACAGAUCCAUAGCGUUUCGUGUUCGUGCUAAUAAUUAAAAAAAAAAAAGAUUAUAGUUCGUCAAAGGAAGUGCUUAUGUAAUUAUAAUUUUAAUUAAAAUUUACUUUCGAAAUAUAUCUGUGUUUAAAACUUAAUUGGGAUAUAGGAUAGAUUUAAAUUAGCUAAAUACGAGUAGGAGAGAAUUUUUUUUUAUUUUCAUUGUUAAAAUAAAAAAAUAGAACUGAGUAUAUUUUUUUUUAUCAUACUACAGUUUUGUUAAGCAAAAUUGUUUAAGUAUUGAUAAUAAGUAAUUAAUAUAUGAAAAUGUAAUUGUUUUUAACAGAUUAUACAAAGCAAAAUUGUAAUUUUCGAUCUCAUGUGAGUUACAAUUAUGAAUUUUAUGUUAUAUAAAAUAUUUAUUCGUGAUUAAGGCGUGUGACAAAUGCAAUGAUAAUCUGUUAAAAAUAUAAUAAAUUAUCAACGAACUGCAAGAACUUAUUAACUGCAAGAAAACACACGAAACUAUUGACGUCAAACAAUAAACUAAUAUUGAAAAACGCUUAGAAUUAAUUAAUUUGUAAUACAAGGGGCGUUUUCUGCAAGAACUUAUUAACUGCAAGAAAACACACGAAACUAUUGACGUCAAAUAAUAAACUAAUAUUGAAAAACGCUUAGAAUUAAUUAAUUUGUAAUACAAGGGGCGUUUUUCAUAGCUAAUUAAAAACUUCUGACUUUCAAUAACACAUUUGUUUACACAAUAUACAAGAUAUUAAAUAUAAUGAGAUAGUUUAAUUAUGUUAAUGUUCACAUAUUUUCAUGCAUUAAGGAAUUCUUGCAGUUGGUUUAUAUAGACACUUAAAAGAUAGUUUAUUUAUAAUAAUAUUAGUUGUUUUAAUAUAUUUUUUUUUUAUGAAAACGGGGUUGUAUUUAAUGAACCAACUGUUUUGAUCAAAGAACUGAUUAAUGAUAAAAAUUAAGAUGUUUAUAUUUUUAUAUAAUUGUAAUGAUACAUAUAAUUAUAAUGAUUGUAUACAGAUGUAAUGAUGACCGGUCAUGUCUUUGUGGUUAUUAAAUAUUUAAUUGUGAAA